CCGCAUUGUGUCCCUCUUUGCGCGGGUGAUGGGUUUUGUUGUUCCGUUCGUCUCGCCCUAGGGCUGUGCCGUGCCAUGGAAGGCUGCCGGGUGUCCUGGCAACAGAGCCUGGGCAGCCCUUUUCCUGCUGUCCCUGAAGCAGGGAGUAGGGGAGGCAGCAGCUGCUGCUAGGUGUGCAGUGCACCCUCCCCACUGCUGCAGCCACCUCAGCCCUCUCCUCCCCUGCCUCCCCCUUUCACCAGCCUGUGGAUAAACAAAAGGAGGAUACUGUCUCCACCCUGCUCCUUGCCUGUGUCUCACAGCUCUCCAUGCAGAGGGGGCACAUUUAGGGUGUUAGGGCAGGAGAGGUAGACACACACACACAGACUGCAAGAGGAAUGAUGCUUGAAUCCAUCCGUGUCACUGAAAAACUUCACUGGCCUGAGCAAGAGCUCUCUAAAAAGUCAGUCUUAAAUCCAGAAGAACAUAAGCUGACCAUUAAGAAUGAAAGCAGUCUUCAGCGCCUGUCCUCUGGAAUCCUUAAGGAUAUUUUCACAACAGGAACCAGUAGCUACAAUGUCCUUCUGCAAAGCAAAGAGGAGAAAAAACACCAAUCUCAAAAGCUGUCAUCUGCUCACCACAAGAGGCACAAAAAGUGCACCAAGUCUUCUACUACCUCGCGAAGCAACGAGCACCGCAAGAUCAAAGUCCCACUGCCUUUGCUCAGCAGUGGCUGGUAUUGCACGAACAGGCAGCCAUCCAUCUUUAUCGCUAGCCCAGUGUCUAGCAGUGUAAAGUUUACACACAGUAUUUCUGUUGCAGGGAACAGCAUAGGACUGCCACCUCGACCCAAAAGCAAGGCUAAGAGACAUUAUUUUUCUAGUCUAACAAAGCCAAAGCAGCCUCAGUUGUCAAAAAGCCAUGGUAAAGAGGUAGAUGUCUCUGGCCGAAAACUCUGUAUACUAACUGCCAUAAAGCCUUCCAAUGUGGAAAAAGAGAAGAUUAAAUUCUUCAAGUCCGAUUUUACCUAUAAUCCUCAAUUUGAAUAUGCAAAUCCUGCAUUGCCAAAUGUGUUAGCUAAGCACAGCCAAGCAUCCAACAAGUUUCUUAAACAGUCUGUCAGUAUUAUGGAACGGACAUUGCAGAAAUAUGGAAGCUAUGAAAAGUUUGAACAGGCUACAGGAGGCAGCCUACUACCAAAAAGUCGCAUUUGGAAUCAUGUCAGGAAAUACAUGGUGAAAGAAGGCUGCCUUGGUGAGAUUGUAGUUCAUCUCACUGAGGACCUGCUUUCUCGUGCCUCAAUGACAGUGGUGAAUGGCCGCCCAACUCUGACUAUCAAUGUUUCCACUGCACGUGAGCACUGGCUAGAAGGGAUGCUGAGGCAUGAAAUAGGAACUCAUUAUUUUCGAGGUAUUAACAACAACAGCCAGCCUUGGUGCAAUUGGCACGGACGUAAAAAGCUUGGGUUAAAGCCAAUCAACCCUACCGAGGAAGGCCUGGCGAGUAUUCACAGUGUCCUGUUCCGAAAAGACCCCUUUCUAUGGAGGGCUGCCCUUCUCUACUACACUGUCUAUCAAGCUAGCCAAAUGUCCUUCAGUCAACUCUUCCAGGAUGUGGGGAGAUUUGUCAAGGACCCCAACACUAGGUGGGAUUACUGUGUACGAGCCAAGAGGGGGUGGACUGAUACUUCCCAGCCAGGCUGCUUCAGUAAGGAUCAGGUAUACUUGGAUGGCAUCCUCCAAAUCCUAAGAUACAGGGAGUCUAUUGAUUUCCACUUGCUGAUGGCUCUUGGAAAGGUCUCUUACGAGGAUGUGGAUCGCUUGAAGGAAUUUGCGGUGAUGGAGAACAUGAGAGUACCACACUUCUUGCAGGACCAUAUCAGAUACAUGGAACAUUUGGAAAAGAUCAUGGAGGUGAAUGAGCUGACUGACCAAGAGCUCCAGGAUCUCAUAGUGUAACAGUCAGUCAGUCAGUCAGUCUCUUACCAGAAAUCUGUUCUGUAUGCAGUCGGUUAUACAGAACUAGACUUCACCACAGCUUGCAAAACUAGAAUGAGUCAACUUUUGUUUUAUUUUCUGGCAAAAAUCUAGACUAUUUAGAUUUGUUAAUUUUUUUUUAAAAAAGAAAAAAAUUCAAACCUCAGACUAUCGAUUCAGGAAUGUUUCUUUGAAAAAAAGAGUUCUUUGAGAUUCUUUCCUCACUCCCAUAAUAUAUAUUGGUGGGGUUUUUUUUAAGGUUUUGUGCCUCUUCCAAAUUAAAUUAUGGAUUGAACAUAGGCACAUCAUUUAGGAUUUCCCUUGUAACUGGUCAGUCCCAUUGUCCCUUAAAUGUUCUGUACACUGAGCAGGAUCGUUUGAAAUGUCUUGCUUUUAUGAUAUGCUGCUUUUUAUUCUUUCUAAAGUCUGCAUUUUGUAAUUUUUCCCCCUUGGCUCACUGGCAUUGGCCUCAUUUCUGGUCACGGCCUUCACAACACUCCCCCUACAGCAGCACAGUUGUGGAACUACUACAGACUAUGCCACCAUCUUCUUAACUCUACCCCAUUGUAUAUUGCUUCCCUCCUUGUAAGAUCACAAUGCGCAGACACACGCCUUAUACAACAGUAUUGUAGUUUGGACAUGCGAGAAAGGCGAUUUCCAUACUUCACAUUUCAAAUAGCAGCAGUUAAGGUUGCUGUGUAAAUGGCUGUAAACAGACUAGAAAGUUGCCCUCUUCCUCCCAAGAGGGGUUGUGCUGUUGCAGCAUUGAAUAUAUGCCUUUCACUGUCCUCCUCUGGCUUGUACAGUACAGGUUUCAAGAGGAUGAGCUGCAGGAAAGGGCCUUUUUUUGCCCUGGAGGACCCAUUUAGCAAAUGGAACAUGUUAGUGGUUUGGAAGAAGGAGUGGGCUGAACUGAGUUUUCUGACUGAUGUACAUAGUGAAUCCAGAUACGAGGCCAUAUUUCAUUUAAAAAAGUAAAAGCUCCCCUUCGCUCUAGCGCCUGAACCCUGUGUGGGUUUGGUUACUUGGAGUGGUUUCGGCCCUAAUGCUGCCAGGAGCUCUGCCCUCAUGGAGCUCACUGCCAGAUUGGGAACUUUAAUGGGCGGGGGACAAAAUUCACAAGUGCCCUAUUCCAAUAUUCAAAGCACCUGAAGAGUUCUGGCACAUCUGAAGCAGCCUGAGCUCUGUUUUGAAUGUGGGUUCCAUACAAAACAAGUAGCGAAAGCACACAAUUGUAGGGUCAUCUAUUCAAAGUAAUAACUUAGGCAAGGCAAGAGGGUUGUUCACUACAGAGACCACAUUUUCUGAGUCCAGAGUAUUAGAAAAGCGCUAAUAGUGGCUCCCUAGCACAUGCUGAAUCGAGCUUUGCACCUGAAAUAUUGGGCUUACUUUAAAUUCAGAUCAUUUUACCAAGGCUAAAUGCAGCCAUUAGGCCCUUGGGUUUCUGGAAGAGUCUCAGACUCACAACUCCUUCCCUUGCGCCUAUGGGGAGUGGGGACAGGAGCACCAUACUGCAGCUGUGAAAACGGUUCAGCUUGCUUCCCUGCCCCCAUAUGGGCUCAGCUCUGCUGGUCAGUGUGUUGUCGGAUGGGGGAAGAGAAUUGGAGCCAAAGUUCCACUCCCCUGCUUUGCGGAGGAAAUACUGGCCACAAUCUUCCCCUCCUCCCGUAGAGCAGGCACUGCCUGCAGUAUGUGGAGCAUUAAUGCAGACACACCAUGGGGGUAGUGAGGUGUGACUCCUCAGCAUGGCUGCCUCUGGCUCAAUGACAAUCCAGCCCCCAGCAUCGAGUUGCGUGGAACUUAGUGGCUUUUGAUUAAGGAAUGGAAUAACUUCCAAAGACUCUGACUUUACACCAAGUAUGAUGGUGUCCAUUCCAGAUUUAAAGUUUAAACACAUUUUGUGACCAGUGAGCGGAAAAGAAAUCUCACCUAGCAUAGAGGUUUUGAAGUUUUUGAAUAACCCAUCAAACCAGCUGCCUUUAAAGUACUAUUACAUAUCUGUGCUGUGGUGGCUGCCUGGUUGAAAAAAAUAAAAAUAAAAACAUUUGAGCUGCUCCAGGAAUUCAAUAAGCAAAUUUGCUGAUCUGUUUUACAAGACAUGGACCAAGAACACCUCACAGUAGCCUUAAUUUUGUAUUGUUUAACAGCUUCAAACUCUUUUAAUCUCUGCAUUCUAGUGGGUGAAACUUUCUCUCUGCCCUCAAAAUAUCAGUCUUAGCCUUGCCUGCCUAGCUUUGUUCAAAGCCCUUCAGGCGAACUGGGAAGCUGCUGUAUGACUGCAUCAACCUGGUGGAAAUAUUUGCACAGCAGUACCCAAUAAUGCACCCAGACAUUCAGAAUGCUCAUCUAUUUUGCUGUGAGCAGCAGAAGUGCAGAUCAAACUUUUCACAUGUCAAAGGUUGAAUGUGAAGAUUUCAGGUAAAAUCCAUCCUUGGGGGUAAUUGGAUUGAGGCCUGUGGAAUUACACCAGGGAUGAAUUUGGGCCACUGCGUUGAAGCAUAGAUACAUAUAUCCCAUUCUGUGUGAAAGGGUCAUAAGUUACAGGUGAACUUUUUUUAACUGAAAUAACCCCUGCAUUUCUCCAAUUGCUUCUGUAGUAAAUACAAACAUAUGCUUAAGCAACCCAAUAUAGUCACGAGAAUAGUCUUGAAUAUUAUAUUUACAGUAAUGGAGUCACUGAAAACAUUAUGUUUAUGUGUAAUUAUUGUCACAGAAUAUGAUAGUUACCACCCCUUCUCAACGGCCUGCUGAUACUCCAUUACUGCUCUGGGGGUUUGCUGAUAUAAACUCCAGGGGCUUAUUUUUCUUCUUUAAAAGACCUGGGAUUUAUUUUCCCCACAGAAGUUGCUCCCAUUCCACUUCUACCAUUCUCCAUUAUGCAAAUAGGUGUACUCCAGUACAAGCUUAGAUUCUGGAAGUGGCAGCAUGAUGUGUCAACAUAACAAUUGUACUGUAGCAGGCACAAAUAUCAACCCCUAUUUCUCAGCACCAAGCUUGUCCUGCCUCCUUGUAACAGCGUUUCAGAUUUGUAAUGGUAGUUUUGUAAACUUUUUGAAAUUUUUAUUGUGAUGGACCUUGUUAUUGUCACAGUAUUGAAGUUCUGUAAUAAAGUAUUUGGAUGAUACUGCA